AUGUUUGGCAUGCUGUUGGUCCUGCUUCUCAUUGUUCAAAAUGCAGCAGGUCGAAGCAUUGGGAAUGGAGCUAGUGCAAAUGGUCUUUCCUCUGGCAUUGACGGAGGUAUUGGCAGUGGUGUUGGCGCAGGAGGAAACUCGAUAGGAGCUGGAGUUCGAGACGGCACCUCAAUUGGAAGUGGAGUCAGUCUAGAAGAAGGAACCUCAGUCGGCGGAAAUAUUGGUCAAGGUAGGAUGGAAAUAGGUGAUGGUGUCCGUGGAUCUGGAAGCGCAGCUGCAAACAGCGCCUCUCGAAGUGAUUCCCUUCUUGGGAAUGGAGUUCAUACCGAGAAGAGAUUUGCGGGAAAUAGUAUAGGACAAGUUGGCACUAUUAUGCGUCGAUCUAUUGGUGAUGGUGCUCGCCAACACAGGGUUCCCCAACAUGAACCAUUUGUUAAAGGUGCUGCACAUCGAGGUGGCAUCUCUAUCGGGAGCGGCGUUGUUCCACAACAGCCUACCAUAAAUGGUAACUUUCACAAAAUUUCGAUCGGCGAUGGAGUGCAGCCAGCCGGUGUUGCAAUAGGAGAUGGUGUAACGGUUCGAAGGGACUAUGGCAGCCGAAAUGGACAUCAAAUUGGAACGGGAGCUCGUGAGUCUUAA